UGAAGAUUUGUUGUAACCUACAGUGAUGGAAAUCCGGUUUUCGAAUUAUGAGGUAGACUUUUACAUUAUUUGAAUACGGUCUGGCUGGUUGUGAAUUGUCUAACGUCCAGUUCGAGAAUUUUUCAUUCAUAUGGAGACGUCACCAAUGCCCAAGAAGGGCUACAAAAUUUAGGCUUAUGGUCGGCGCUUACUGCCUUUGAGCUAGGAGGGGCCUUUAUCGUGCCACAUCUGCUGUGACUUGGGCCUAGGUUUUUGUGGUCUCAUCGACCGCCCCAUCUAAUCACCUCUUACGACAAGCAAGGGGUUACUGAGGACCUAUUCUGAUAUUGCCUUUGAGCAGGGAUCUUUAUCGUGCCAAACGUGCUGUGACACGUGACCUCGGUUUUUUGCGGUUUCAUCCGAAGGACCGCCCUAUUAUUCACCCCUUACGACAAGCAAGGGGUACUGAGGAUCUACUCUAAGCAGGAUUCCCGCGGAAAAUGGUCCAUUUCUAAAUAAGCAAAAUUCAUGCACAACGUAGAGGGUCAAUAUAAACUUAGCUUUAUACAGAAAACGAUGCUAUUAUCGCAGCUAAGCGAAAGGCUUUAGCCCAGAAUCAUGGCUUAGGUUUCCAGAGGAUAUUAUGUCCUUUUAAUCAGAUUUUGAUAUAAUAAUUAAUAAUGAUUUUUUUCCUCAUUAUCUCGUCUUUAUAAGAAUUGUUGGAUGUCACAUUUAAUAGAAACGAAGAACAUCUUCAGUAUCAACAUGCUUCAGGAAGAAUAAAAUUUCUUAAGAUUGAAUGUCUUUGGUUUAAGGUCGUGUCUAUUUGGGACAAACGGUAGGAACGAAACAGCAACCUUGUAUAAACAUUUGGUGGACCUAAAGUCAUAUUACAAAUUAAUAACAUUUGCAUAAGGACUUAGUCAAUAUGAUAAAGAUUCAAUCUUUUGAACUAGCGAUUAUAUUUCUGUAAGACCGUGGAGACUAUGAGUAUCGUUUUGAAAACGUAAGUGAAAGUUCCCGUUGUUAGUAAGCUUCGUAAUAAUCAAAACAGUAUACCAUUCUGCAUCUUAUAUAAUCACAACUUUGUGAAUGUAGCGUCCAUGUGCACCCUCAUCCUCGGAAAGCUUACUCUUUAGAACUAGACCCCCACCCCACCCCACCAAGGAAAUAAUAGCAUUUUACAAUAAACCGCUUCCAUCCAAUUUUUUAAAUCUUAUUUGGGCUUCGACAAGAAGCUCAUUUAACAAAAGAUAUUGUUAUUUGCUGCGGGAAAUAUGCAUAUCAGUCCCUGUACAGUGUAUAUGCAUUAUCAAAUUGCAAAUGGACUACGAUUUUAUUGCUCCGUUUACCUGAGGAAGAUAUAGAACUCAUGACGGGUGUGACAGAUCGACAGAGGAUGCUUAUUCCUGCUAAACACCUGGCCUCCACCUUUGGUGUGUCUAGAGAUGACUAAUGAUUCCACACCAGACCCUCUGAGCCUACACCAGUAUGAGGACAACCACGACAUACAUCUAAACUGGACUCUGUUCAUGUACGACAUUGAAACAGCACAUGAUGCUCACUCCACGGCGGUCGCUGUGUAUGCCGUGGUGCUGUCUUUUGUAUCCAUUGUUCUGAAUUCCGUCCUGUGUGUUGUGAUAUUCUUCACCAAGGAAUUGCGAUGUCGACCUCUGUACGCAUGCGUGUUAAACUUUUGUAUCAUCAACUUAUUAAUGGGUGUCAUCGUGAACCCCCUUGUGACGUACCAUGAACUGAGUCCUGUGUGGGCGCUGGGAACGUUUGUUUGUGACACGUGGAUUAUAAUGGAUGUUCUCCUGCCCUUCACGUCUUUAAUGACCCUGUUGUUACUCUCCAUCGACCGCCUCAUGUUUGUUCGCAUGAACACCUUGUACAAAUCUGCCAAAUUCAGAUUCCAAAGGGAAGUGUAUGUAAUAUUACCAUGGUUACUUGGUGUCGUCAUUGUGUUGCCGAUUUGGAUUGGUGGAUUUCAGAAGUCGCCCUUCCACGUGACAGGCAUGUGUGUGUUUGGCUUGGUAGACGAAGCGUCUAUAUCGUCCCCCAUCUUGGUGUAUUUUCUACCAGCCCUGAUUAUAGUGUUGGUAAUGGUGUGCACACAUUUGUUUUCGUUUCGCGACAGUUCGCCCGAAUACAGCCAGACCAGCACUCGAUCCGCUGGAGCCGGUGUUCAGACUGGCUACUACGCAUACGAAUCUCAUUUCUCCGUGGUGACGUUGUAUUUCGUGAACGUGACGUUUUUGAUUAUGUGGGCGCCCUUCCACAUAAUGAGCCUACUGCUGGCUGUCUGUGUAGACUGCAUGCCGCCCUACUCACUCAUUCUGGGUUUUACCUACAUGGGGGCCACUGCAAGUUCACUUAUCUCGCUUCUCUGGUUAACGGACUACCAUAUUAGAUAUUCGUUAAAACAUAUACGUGAACGGUUCAGAAAGCAGACUUCUCCCCCAUCCACCACUGUUACACUCACUCUGCUAGAAGCCUGAUUCCAUGGGAACUUUCUAGAAGCCUCAUUCCAUGGGGACCUUCUAGAAGCCUCAUUCCAUGGGAACCUUCUAGAAGCCUCAUUCCAUGGAGACCUUCUUAUUCCAAUUCAGUUGAGCCGAUAGAACACAAGAUUUGACAUCAUCAGCAUUGAACAUUCGUUUUUUACGUAACAACAGGAAGCUCUCAGACCGGGUGAUUCUGGGAAUUGUUUCAUAGAUAUUGAGCGAGGAACGUGCUACUUAACAGAAUACGGGGUAUUACGACAAUAUUGUAGCGCCCUCUAUGUAUUAUUCUGUAAUACGUAUUGUAAGUUAAUAUUUCUUAGGUCAAUAUCAAUAUUUUUUAUCUCUUAUUUCUUUAAGUCAAUAUCAAUGUUACAGCAGUACUUACAAAAUUAUGGCGUUAUUUAAUACCUGUAGAUCUCUGUGGCGUUAUUUGAUACCGGUAGAUCUCUGCAGAUUAUGGCGUUAUUUAAUACCGGUAGAUCACUGUGGCGUUAUUUGAUACCGGUAAAUCUCUACAGAUCGGUUAUUUGAUACCGGUAGAUCUCCACAAUAUCUCCACUAAUUAUGUAUCCACAUCACAAUCACGAGUCUGUGUGAAAAUAGAAGAAUUCCACAUAUCAAGCACAUUCAAGCUGAACAGAGCCCUGAGCAGAUCACUCAUCCGGCGUCUGUUUGCCUAAUGAAAACUUUUGAACCAAUUUCACGCAAAUUUAGCACAUACACUGAAUGACCUCAGUAAAAAAUUAGAUCAAUCCAAGGUAUAUUUUGUAUUGUGUUUUGAAAACGUCUAUCGAUAUGACCCAGAGUCUACUUGUACAGAUGGAAAGACAGACAUUAUCUAUAUGAAAGGUGAAGAUAAAGAACAUUGAUCAAUUUCACAACUCCUAUAAAGCAACACAAAAUGAAGAGUUGGGCAAACACGGACCCCUGGAUAUACCAGAGAUGGGAUCAGGUGCCAAGGAGAAGUAAGCAUCCCUUGUCGACCGGUCACAUCUGCCAUGAGUCCUAUAUCAUGAUCAAGCAAACGGAGUAAUCCGUAGUCAAAAUAUAUAUAGCGUACUAACGUUUCGUUUUGCUGGGGGCGUUGGGAGUUGGGGUUAUACAUAUGAUAUCUGUGAUUAAUUGUGUUUAGAUUUUACAGUAUUUGCUAUCUGUCAAUGCUUUACACAUUAAGAUGUGGCUGUAUUCAUCAUGUACUGGUGUAUCAUACGAAAUUCCUCGUAAUACGUCAACAAUAUUGUGUUCUUUUCAAGUGGUGAAAAUAAUUCUACAACGAAAAACGCCUUUGUGAUAGUUAAUGUCUAAAGAGAGGACAUGUGCACGUGACUAUCUGUGAGUACAAAUGUACUGUGUGCUCAACGAUUCCGGUCCGUCAGUAACAAGGUGACUGCCAAAUAACGAUAUUUACACGUCUAAUGAGUUGUUUUACCUUCGAUACCUUUACCAAUUGAUAUGGUAGCCAUUUCCUCAUGAAUGUGAACGAUAUGCGUAUGAAUCUUAAUAAAUAUAGUACGACUGUUUUAAAGGCUCAGAAUAUUCCGACAGAAAUGAAAGUAUGAAAUGUGACUAUAAAAAAAAUUAAUUUCAUUUUUGAAAUACAUGAGGGUAUAAGUAAGAGCGCUUCACGCCAGUAUAAAUUAAGUAAGAGCGCUUCACGCCAGUAUAAAUUAAGUAAGAGCGCUUCACGCCGGUAUAAUUUUCACUACGCGGAUAUAGUUCGGAUCAUUAAGUGUACUGGCAUAGAUAGCCGCAGUUCAUACCCUCGGGUAUUUUCGACAACGAAAUUCAUUUCUUAAAUAAUAGCUGUGUUUGAAUGCAUAUAUGUAGUCGAGUUUGUUAAUGAAAUAUACAUGUAUGGUUUGUUUUUUUGUGAAUUUGUGUUGUUUUGGAAAUAAAUUGUGCGGAUUUAA